CUCGGAGCAGCGAGUAGCCCGGGACGACUCGCUAAACAACUUUUUGUCUCAUCUGUCAUUUCUUGGACUCAUUUUCGACGUAAACGGAGGACUUUAUGGAGCUUGGAUGAGGUGCCCCAGUGGAUUUUGUUCAAUGGCUCUGGCACAAAUCCAGCGGCCUUUUCUUAUAGUCGUCAGUCUGCUUGCGUGCGAGUGUCUGGGCGGCUGCGCCGAGGUGGACUCGUUGACGGAGGCCGUACGGGGCCAGGCCUUCGUGCUGGGUUGCAUUUCCUGCAAGAAACGAGCAGAAGUGGGCGCCGUCGCCACCGUGGACUGGCACUUCAGACCUCAAGGACAGGAAAAUUUCACGCAUAUCUUCCACUACGAGCACCCGAGUGCCGACGUAGUGGACGAAGCUUUCAGGGGACGUCUGGACUGGCUGGGCACCAGAGGCGAGGACAUCCAGGCGGCCACCGUCGCCGUGCGCAACGUCAGCUACGGGGACGCCGGAACGUAUCGCUGCACUUUCAGCCGAACGCUUCUGCUGGCGGGCUUUCGGCACCACGUCAGCGUGGAGAAGGAGGUGGAGCUCAGCGUGGUGGACGCCGCCAACCGGGAGCUGGCGGCGGUGGUGUCGGAGAUGGUCAUGUAUGUGCUGAUCGUGCUCCUGCAGUUGUGGCUCAUCGUGGUGGUGGUCUACUGCUACAAGAAGGUGUCGGACGACAUGGACGCCCGCGAGGCACGCAGAGCUCUCAAGGCUCACAAGGAAUUGCUGGACUGUGAUGGCGUUAAGUUAGAUGAACCUAAAUAAGUCUUUUAUUUCAUCAAAAAAGCACUGUGUGAAAUAUAACAAAUGAUUUUU